GUAUAAAGGGUCCUCACAAAUUAAACGGUAUAGAGAUAGAGAAUCAUGGAUAUACCUAAACAAACACUUGGUAGUUUGGCCAUGGUAAUAUUACUCUUUGCUGGGAUUAUUUUGGUGUACCACUGGAACUCUUCCUUCUCCAACGAAUUCGUUCUGACGGUAAAGGAACCACUUUGCAAGCAAUCAAAUCUUACCACUCCCAAUAUUGAAGCAAAUGGAGAUGGCCUUGACACUGCUUUGGCCAAAGCCUCCAUGGGAAACAAAACAGUGAUAAUUGCUGUAGUAAAUAAGGCCUAUGUUGAUCAAGAUGUAGAGAGUGACACCACUAUGCUUGAUAUAUUUCUUGGUAGUUUUUGGCUUGGAGAGGGAACAAGGUCUCUCAUUGAUCACCUUCUCUUAGUAGCGGUUGAUCAAACAGCCUAUGAUCGAUGUCAAUUUCUGAAGUUGAAUUGCUUCAAAUUGGAAACAGAUGGGGUUGAUUUUAAAGGUGAGAAAAUAUACAUGUCUCAAGAUUUCAUCAAGAUGAUGUGGAGAAGGACUUUCUUCCUUUUGGAGGUUCUCAAACGUGGCUACAAUUUUGUUUUCACGGACACUGAUGUAAUGUGGUUGAGAAACCCAUUUACAAGGUUGAGUAAGAAUGAGACAGAAGACCUCCAAAUCAGCACAGAUGCAUACCUUGGUGAUCCUUGGUUAGAAAAAAAUCCAAUCAACACUGGGUUUUACUUUGUUAGGUCAAACAACAAGACCAUUUCCCUAUUUGAAACAUGGUAUGGCCAAAAGGAUAAAGCCAUAGGAAAAAAAGAGCAAGAUGUUCUUUUUAACCUCAUUAAAAGUGGUAUAAUUAAAGACUUGGGACUUAGGGUUAGGUUUUUAAACACCCUUUAUUUCAGUGGAUUUUGCCAAGACAGCAAAGAUUUUAGGGAAGUCAUCACAGUCCAUGCCAACUGUUGUAGGAGCAUCACAGCAAAGGAGGUAGAUUUAAAGGCAGUUCUCCGUGAUUGGAAGCAAUUUAGGAGGUUGGAGGCUAAUUCUACGAUAAAUACUCGUUGGACUAUGCAUAAUCAAUGUCGACAAUCUUGGGGAAGACCUGUAAAAGUAAAGGGUUAAGCAUCAUACUCAUACUUGUAUAAUUGAAUCAUGAUACUCGACAUGAUCCUCAUUUUUAUUUUAUAUGUGUAAUCUUUUUUUUAUUUGUGAGAAUCAAGGAUAUUAUUAGACAGUUUAAAAUAACUCAUGCACCAUACUUAA